AUGAGAGAUGUUUUGACCACAGCCGGCUCCGCAACUGCAUUCAGCUCCGCUGAAACCAUUACGGUCACAGGCUCGUCCACUUCUUUAUUAGAUGAAGCGUCAAGCUUUAAUGUCACAGAGUCCGUGGGCAGCACGGAGACUUCUUGGGGCUCUGAAGCCGUGUCUCCAACUGCCCUGUCGACUACCGAAGGCUUGACAACCGAGAUGGCCACGACGACUGCCCUAACCCUAACCUUCGACUAUACCCUUCAUCAACAAUGCUGGAUUCGACGAUCACGCUUCAUCUAUCGCGCCAUGCUCCAUACUGGCGGGAAUACCGCAUUCGUCGUCUCCGAUGUGACACAUGACGGACCGAGUCCCGCUUUAUGA